UUCCGAAGUCCUUAACACUUUUCCAAGAUUCCUCUGAGUGGUUUCUCGGAAGUCGGAACUUGUACGCAAGCGAAAACUAUGUUUUUGCAGUCGUGUUGUUGUUUCUGACCCACAAAAUUUUGGCGUUGCAACAUUGCAAACCAGCUCUGAAUGGGGCAAUGUCUUUGAUUCCCUGCAUGCAGCUUUCUCCGUGACAGCGUUACUGUCAUUGCUUUCUUCUCGACCCUCUGACAGAGUCUUGUUUCUUUGACGAGCAGCCUUAGCGCACACAUUUGUUGCGGACCAUUUUCCCUACUUUCCCCUGUCUCCUUCAGUGGGAGCGCAAAUCCGCGCGAGUUUCUUCCGACCGUGCCUACGAGCAGCUCGUCACAACCGUCUCCGUUGCGCCUCUCCGUUUCUUCUCUCCGUUUCCGUCAUUUUCCUCCCUUCCUUCCUUUUUCGUAUUCUUUGUUCCGGCCUUACCCACGAUGCUCUCUGCGUUCGACCAGUCGUCUCAAGCUGCAGCUCCGCGUGUGGCCUCUCUAGCAGCGCUGACAGCGUUUGUCGAUUCGCCUCAGACCAGCCAAGCUCUAGAGGAAUUUCGACAACACAUUUCCCCGGGAGAGCUUGUUCUACAAACUGCUCAGACGGCUGCACAGACUGCGGGGAGAGUCAAGGCGGAAUUGGGGGAGAAUGAGGAGAGCGAAGAACUGGUGAUCGUUGUCAGAGCCCUUCGAAAAUGUCUCGCGUAUGAUGGAGUUCUUGAGAACGUUGUCAGGGAGCCCCAACUCCGGCGCGUCCUGAUCGACGCCGCAGAAAGUGGAAGCACUUUGCUACGGCGUUUGCUGGUGCAGCAACUUGGCAAACUGAUUGGCCAGGGGUCUGCAGGCGUCGAGCUGGCCAUCGAAGCGAAGCUGUACGAGCUGCUUCCUGGUCUCCUGGGAGACCCUGACGUUGGAGUGGCGAGCGAUGCAGCGAAGGCCAUCGUGGCCAGCUUAGAGAGUCGUCAGGGUUGCCAGGCGUUCUCUUCUCCUGAAUUCUUUCAAUCGCUGAUGGCUGCAGCCGCUUCGCCGGAUGAGAUGGUGAAGGUCCGGACGGUGGCGCUGUUUGUUGAAGCCGGGAGAAAGAACGAGACCGUUUUCAAUGAGCUGGCUGACAGAGGCGCCUUCACGGUGCUGGUGAACUCUUUCGCAACCGACGACUUGCUACUGAAAAUAUCUCUCGUGGCUCUCAUUGAACAGCUCGCGUCCUACCGCGCUGGAGCAAAGUUCCUUGCUCUCUCGUCCAUCCCGCGCCAACUCGUAGGGGAGCUGGCUGAAGACUCCGUUGAUGAAACUUCUCGGGUUUCUCUUGUCCACGCUAUUGCCGAGUUGAUAAAGCAACAACCGGAGAUCGGCAACGAGAUGUUUCAAGUCCAGGGCGGCAGCUUGGCUAAAACGCUGGUGGAGUUUCAGCACAGCGUUCCGGCAACGCCUCAAGAGAAGAGCGACCUGUGCUGCGCGAUCGCCGCCUGGGGGAGCAUCGCCAGCUCUCCCCUGGGCUAUGAGGCGGUCCAGAAGGCCGCGCCGACGGUCGGCGCAAGUAUCAGCAGCUACUUCACGGGAGAGACAGAGAUUGCGAACCUCGCCAUGGAUGCUUGGAGCAACGUGUUGAACUCUUUGCCGGAUCCUCUAGCGCCGGAUGUGGAAUCAAAGUUGAAGUCUCUCGCCGAGUCUGUCUGCCAUACCCAUGUGUCUCGACCCUUUGGCGAAAGCAGAGCUCAUUCGUAUCCUCUUCUCACAGCUCUCUGCAGGAGCAGGCUGGCUGUCCAAACCAUCAUGGGGUCUGAGGAAAUCCGGCGUUCCCUCGUCGACCCCUUCUCCGAUGACUCGAGUGACGCGAAGUACGCGAAAAACACCUUCAUCAAGAAGUUGGCUGCUGAUCACCUGGACUGGCUAGGCACCGUGAUCGAAGAGAGUUACCUUACAAAGCUCAAGACGUUCGCAGACGCGGGGCCUUUCUACAUACCGCCUGGUACGGCAGUUCCCACCAUCAACAGCACGUGGGUGUAGCUCAAGCGUCUGUCAGAACUGUCUGUUUUUCGGUGUGUCUGUUCGCACAUGCUUACCUGUGUGUGAGGAAUUCGUUCUCUCGUCUCUUUCUGCGUAUUCUGUGGCGCUUGCCCCGAUUGCUCGUCCCUUCGGCAGGAGGGACGACCUACCGUUCUUCUAGCAUAUAUAUAUAUAUAUAUCCCGAAGACCAAAAACGGAGAAGAAAUCACCCGGUGCUGGAGAGCACUGUGUGUGGAUGAGCCCCAGCAAAGGCAACCGCCCUGCGAAGCUUAUGAAAGUCAAAAUGCGCCUCUCUAUUUCAGGAUGAGAAAUGCGUUUUAGGUAGAGCAUCGAGCGCAUGAAAAGAGACAUGGGGGAACAUUUUCAAGAAGAGACCAGGGUAAAAGAGACAUAUGUGGCGGUGGGCCAAGAGAAACUCUCUAGCUUCCGCGUGCUGAUUUCUCACGAAGGAGUCCAGCUUCAACGAUAUCGGUAUGUGCGUAUGAUUUCUAAUUUCUACCGACUGAUCGACUGAGCUGAGUGGCUCGAAGGGCGGGAAAUAUCACACGGCUACUUAUUUCAGUGCCCCGGCGUCCGCCUGUCCGAGAGUUUUGUUUUCGUUCCCAUAUGAGAUCGUUCUGUAUGUCUGAACGCGAAUGACCGCGAACGUGUAUUGCUUCUUCGCUGCAGAAGCUACGUAGGGACAGAUUUUGUGCCGGAGGGAGAUGGGCAGCAGAUGGCGUCUCACAGUGUGUCCUGUGACACAUUUUUAUGAUGGGCCUAUAAAGUAGUCUGCUGAAAGACCUGCCACAAUUUUGUAGAUGUCUAGACACCCCUACACUCGAGGCGGAUUGCUGGUUUUGAAGAAACUGGGAUGUGUUUUUGGGAGCGCUUCCCUCCGAUCGGGUUAGACUCGCCAAAUGAUAGAGCACACAGUCGAACUGUGAUAAGGUUAAGAGCCGGUGUAACAUGGCUUUUUCUUCGGAGGUGUACGGUAACAGAGCCUCUCCGCAGUACUCUCUUGCUACAGGUGAACUCUGGUCUCGCUGAAAAUGCGUGAAAUUGAAGGCGCU